AAACGAGCUCCUUCGCUGCCAUUAUUGGGUUCCGUCGCCGCAUUGGAACGCUUUGGCUCUUCGAGCUGUGCUGUGCUAAGCUGUGCUGUAAUUCUCUCAUUCAAAGCACCCAACCAUGGUGGCCGCCAAGAAGACCAAGAAGACUCAUGAGAGCAUCAACAACAGGCUCGCCCUCGUCAUGAAGAGUGGCAAGUACACCUUGGGAUACAAGACCGUUCUCAAGUCCCUGAGGAGCUCCAAAGGAAAGCUGGUCAUCAUUGCUAACAACUGCCCUCCUCUACGGAAGUCUGAGAUAGAGUAUUACGCUAUGUUAGCGAAAAUUGGUGUUCACCACUACAACGGAAACAAUGUUGAUUUGGGGACUGCUUGUGGAAAAUAUUUCAGAGUAUGCUGCCUCAGCAUUAUUGAUCCUGGUGAUUCUGAUAUCAUCAAGAACAUGCCUGAUUAUUAAACCAUGAAUUGUAUCAGGUCUAUAUUUUGGUGUUUUUAUCUUGUUUUUCAAAUGGAGAGGAGGUAUGUUUUGCUUCAAGGCAAGCGUUUAUGUUGUUAACAGGAAUGCUUCAUUAGAGACCAAGCUCUGCUUUGAUGGUAUUUUUGGUAGUGCUGUGUUGGACCAAAUGUUUUUAUAUUCUAGUUUGUAUGCGUACCCUAAGAUUUGGAUCUUAA